AUGAUAACUUGCGGAGAAGUAGAUUCUAAAGGUCACUUGGAAUUGAGGGAGGAUCCAGAGGCAUGGAUUAAAAAUAACCCUCCUUCUCGUCUAGCCUUGCGUUGUUAUGAAAAGGAAGAGGUAGGAGAAUCAAUAGGUGAGCUCACACAGCUCAUCCGCCUGGAAUUCUUGUACUGUGAUUCCCUGAAAUGUGUGUCUAACACCAUCACUAGGCUUCACAAAUUGGAGCACUUGCAAUUUUUUAAGUGUUAUUGUUUGGAAGAAUUGCCGGCAAAUAUAGGGCAGUUGGUGAGCCUUACUCAUCUCAAGCUUGAUUAUUGCGAGAACAUAAAGUUCCUUCCUGAUAGCAUUGUAAAUCUAUCCAAUUUGACUUAUUUAACUCUCUCUUCCUGUGAUUCCCUUGUUGAAUUGCCGGCAAAUAUAGGGCAGUUGGUGAGCCUUACCCUCAAACUUAAAUAUUGCAAGAACAUAAAGUCACUUCCUUUGAGCAUUGCAAAUCUAUCCAAUUUGACAUCUUUAUCUCUCUUUUCCUGUGAGUCCCUGGUUGAAUUGCCGGCAAAUUUGGAUGGGUUGGCCCAUUUAUGUCUUCUUGAUAUUCAAUCAUCCAAAAUCAAGUGUCUUCCUUGGAGCAUCACGAAGCUACGCAAACUCCGACAUCUAAUGUUGCCCGAACAUUUCAGACUCGAAACGUUGCCAUAUGACUUGAAUCAUUCGGUCAUCAUUUCUGUUAAAGAUAGGCAUGUUCGCAAAUCCUGGGAGGAACUUAAAACAGAGAUAGGAGAAUUGCCCAUUCCUUUUGGUGGAGGUAAGUUUACAUUGCCAAUGCUUUUACUUUUACAGUUUUACUCCAAAUUUGUUUGUUCUAGUUGA